UACCACCACCAAUGUUUCUUUCUCUCCCCUCAUCCUCAUUCUUCCUGCUAUGCCUUCUCUUCGUCCUCCUUCACUCCCCUCCCAUCGCCGCCGGCGACCCCCUUUACUUCGUUUGCGGCAACAACAACUACACAGCCAACAGUAACUACGAGAUCAACCUCGACAUCCUCCUCCCCACUCUCACCUCCAACGCCUCCUUCACCGGUGGCUUCUCCAACUUCGGCAUCAGCCAGAAGCCCAACGAGGCCUACGGCCUCGCCCUCUGCCGUGGCGACGUCAACACCUCCCUGUGCCUUUCCUGCCUCAUCACAGCCUCCUAUGACAUCGUUCGCCUCUGCCCGAAUAAGAUCGAAGCUGUUAUCUGGUACGACCACUGCCUCCUCCGCUACUCCAACCAGCCUUCCCUCUCGACAACAGAGGAGUCGCUGGAAUACCUCAUCUGGAACACCAACGAGAUAACGACGGACGGUCCCUUGUUCGAGAAGCUAGUGAACGAGCUUCUGAGUAAUAUAGCCAAGUGGGCCGCUUACAACACGACGAAGAAGUUCGCCACCGGGGAGGUCAACUUCGCGACAGAUUUUCCGAAGAUAUACGCCCUGGUGCAGUGCAUACCAGACCUGGGGGCAGGCCCGUGCCAGCAGUGCCUUCAGGAGAUAAUCGGGAGGAUACCGGACUGGUUUGGCUGGGCGAGGGGGGGCAGGGUGUCACGAGUGCAGUGCAAUUUUAGAUACGAGGUCUACAAGUUCUACUACGGGGCACCCACGCGAACGCUUGGUUCGCCAACACCUGCAAACCCAGCUGGAGAGAAAGGAAACAAGAAGAAUGUAACAGGAAUGGUUCUUAAAAUUUCCAUACCUCUAGUGUCAUCAUCCUUGCUAAUCUCCAUUACCUGCAUUUGCUUCUGGACAAGGAGGAAGUCGGCAGAAAAUUUACUCUUAGAUGGGGACAACCUGGAGGAGAUCACACACACUGAGUCACUAUUACUUGAUCUAUCUAUGCUGAGAGCUGCGACUGCCAACUUCUCCGAAGAAAACAAACUUGGAGUAGGUGGUUUUGGUGCAGUUUACAAGGGAAAACUACCCAAUAGGCAAGAAUUUGCAGCGAAGAGGUUAUCAACAACUUCGAGGCAAGGACUAGCUGAGCUAAAAAAUGAACUUGUUUUAGUUGCUAAGCUCCAGCACAAAAAUCUUGUAAGGCUUCUGGGUGUUUGCUUGGAAGAACAAGAGAAGUUGCUAGUCUAUGAAUAUGUGCCUAACAGAAGUCUGGAUACCAUUCUAUUUGAUCCUGUAAAACGUGAACAGCUACAUUGGGAAAGAAGGCACAAGAUCAUCCGCGGAAUUGCUAGAGGCCUCCAAUACCUACAUGAAGACUCUCCACUAAAAAUUAUACACCGGGAUUUAAAAGCCAGCAACAUAUUACUAGAUGCAGACAUGAACCCUAAGAUAUCUGAUUUUGGUUUGGCUAGGCUUUUUGGUGGAGACCAAAGUCAGAGCAUCACAACCCGAGUUGUCGGAACAUUUGGUUAUAUGGCACCAGAGUAUGUUAUGCAUGGGCAACUUUCUGUCAAGUCAGAUGUAUACAGCUACGGCAUGCUGGUUUUAGAGAUUAUGACAGGCAGGAAGAAUGGUGGCUUCUCAAAUUCAGAAAGUGGCAAAUCUCUUCUGGGCUAUAUAUGGGAGCAAUGGAACGAAGGAACAGUUUUGGAGAUGCUGGACCCAUGUUUGGGCAACCAUUGCCCAAAAACUGAAGUGUUAAGAUGCUUUCAGAUUGGACUGUUGUGUGUUCAAGAGAAUCCCUCAGAUAGACCCAACAUGUCAACGGUCGUUAUGAUGCUGUACAGCGAUCCUGUUUCUAUCCAACCUCCUUCCAGACCAGCAUUUUAUAUUCGACGGAAUGUCAUGGGUUCAUGUGCUCAUUCAAAUGAUAGGUUGAUACCGGUGACACUAAAUGAGGUGUCAAAUACAGAACUUGAACCUAGAUAAACAUAGGAGAAUAAGGAGAAGGUUGUUGGCAAAGAUAACUAAUAUCUUUGAAGUCCUUCUAAGAGCUUAAGGACUUCGUGCCAUGGA